UUCAGUUUUUUUUCUGUUGUGCGUCUCGCUUUGGCAAAAAUAAUUAGCUAAAAUAAUACAGUUUUAGUGUUCUUCUCAUAUUUUAGAAAGGGAAGAUUUUUUUGUGGUACACAACAUGCUGGAACUAAAAUAUGCUUAAAGUUACCAUAUUAAUACUGUUUAACACCAACCAAAACUAAAGCUGAUUUAUCUUAGGGAUUGUGCCUCACUCAUUGAAUUGUAUUAGUCUAAUGUUAGUAAACAUGACUUUAUUUUAAUGAAUUAGAAAUGAUAUGUAUACAUUCUUGAAAUGGCAGAAUGAGUAUGUCUACAGCAGCAGAGUAUAUGCUAAGUAGUACAUGUUGUCUGUAUUUUAGGAGCAGAUGUAUGAGGCGUUUGUGUUAAACUGCACUUUUUUUAAAACACAGGUUUAUGCAGUAAAAUAAAAUGUGUGUACACGGUGUCAUAUCUUAUAGUGGGUUUCCCCCCUCCAUUAUGUUCGCUACAAUUCCUAAAGGGGAAGCCGCCAUUAAAGGAGAUUCACUACAUUUCCCACAAGCCAUCUGUUGUUCCGGAAGUGGCGUAGAAUAUAACAGUGGCUCCUGGAUUUAAACUGAAACGGGCACUGAUCCCAUGAAUAGAGGAUUUUAGACAUAAUAACUCAUCCGAUGGUAUUUUUAUGACAGGACAUGCGCUCGCGAGGUUUCUUUUGAACUGACCGGUCUCAUAGAGUUCGCGCGCGCGCGCGCGUGCGUGUUUUGACGCGUUAUCGUCAGUCGUUUGUUGCCUAAAGCCGAAACACUUCUCUGCAUUAUAUCAGGUGUCACUUCGCGAUCCGUUUACCUGUGGCUGUAACCUCGCCUGUCAUCAUUCCCGCCGGCUUUAUGUGUCCUCAGAAGGCAGUCUGGGUUUAGGCUAGUACUUCAAUCGAGAAGUUGGUUUUCAGCCGCUCAGGAUGAAUUGGGAUCAACAGUUGAGCUCCAUCAUCUCUGAGGCCGAUGGAAGUGUUGCAAAAAUGAGGGAACGCCUUACGCAUGGAAGAUCUCCCAGAGGAACGGAAGAUGUGUUUCCGGUCAGAGAGGUCGCAGUCGGUGUUGAUCUGAAGCCGUCUGCGGUUCAGUGGUCAGAUCUGACCUCCAUCCAAACACAGUUACAGCAGCAGAGUCAGGCCAUUGAGACUUUAACACAGAGUCUUAGAUUGGUGGAAAGAGAACGAAACACUCAGCAAAGACAAAUACAGUCAUUACAAGAGGAGCAGAAAAGACUUCAGGAUAAACUGGAGGAGAGAGAGCGGGAUGUGGAGCGGAGAUCACUGAGUCCUGGACAGGACAGACGGAUCGAGCAGUGGAAGAGAGAGAUGGAUCGAGAGCUAAGCAGUCUGAGAGGUCAGGUCAACCGUGCUACGACUCUAGGAAACCAGGAAGAAAGUUUCAGCUCUAAACUGCGCAGAGAAGAACUGGAGCAGCUCAGGAGAGAGGUGGACGUUCUCAAAAACAAACUCAUGCGGCAGGAGGAAGAUACGUUCCAGCUCCAGUCAGAGGCCAGAGAAACAAGGAGACAGUAUGAACGCAGCUCCAAAACUUUGGAGGGUUUUACAGAUUCGUACCGAACACACAGUUUUGAUCUCACUCGGAUGGUGGCCCAGUACCAGCACACUCAACAGGAAGUGCGCGACCUCAGAGUCACUGUCUCUGAGCUGAAGGACGAGGUGCGAGGUCUCGUCUUGAGAGAAGCUCUCCCCAUACCUGCACCUCUACCACAGAAACCAGCAGUGGGAACCGUGAAGACGAGGCCCCAGAGACGCGUGUCGUCAGAGUCGGAGGAGGAUUUCAGUCCCACCCCUAGUCUGGGCGAGAUCAGCUCAGAUGAGUUUGAUGCGUCAUGGCUGGAAGAACCAGAGCCACAAACCACAAGGAGGCGCCGGCGUGUCCGUUUACAUUCAGACCUCACAGGAAGUGACCUCAGCGAUGCUGGAAGUGGUCUCGAUAGUAACCUUGGCGAUGACGCUGAAGGUGUGGACAGAGUUUCAGACAGUCCUCCAGAUCUCAGUCUUAGCGACCUCUGACCUUUUAAAGGCCCAUUCAUCUAUGCACUGCUGUUAGAGGAAAUGGAAACCUCAGUCUUAUGUUGACGCAAGUACGUAGGUUUAAAGAGUGUAAGGGACAGUUUACUUGUCAUGGACUGUGAUAUUUAUAAUUUAUCACAGAGUUUUUGCAGUAUUUUAUGACUGACACAUAUUACACAGUCAAGUAUUGCACUGUCAUGCUCUGAGGUAUUACCCAUCAGUGUAAGUAAAGCAAAACAGCUUUUGCAAUAAUGCAAAAAGAGUUUUUCAAUGUGAACAUGCAACACUUAACAUCCAUUAAGUCAAAAAACAGUUUGAAAUUACUGCAGUCAGUAAAUAGAGCAUGUUUGUCACAUUAAAGACCAGAAAUGUGUAUUAGGAAAGUAAAUCGUCAAUUUUCGUUUCAGGUUGACUUAGUUUUUUGGAAAAAUAAAAUAAUAAAUAAAUACAAAGUCCACUUUUUACCACUUAAAAUAAGUCUCAAUUAUUGUAGCAUUUCAUAACGUGUGUCCGAGCCAAAUUUAAAAGAAAAAGACAAUUUUAGUGUAUUUUAAAGACUUUUAUUAAUUAUAAAAAGAACACUUGUGUAAUAUGAAACACUUUAAAUGCACUCUCACAAGUUAUUACACAAAGUAAACAUCACACAUCCAUCAGCCAACAAACCACGAGGAUGAAAAUACUGUAUUAUUGACUGUUCAAUCAAUCAAUAAAAAAAAAAAGGAUUUUGAGUCUAUGGCUAAAUUUUGUUCAGUUUUAUAAAACAUUUCAGGCACAAGAAAAGCAUUAAAAUUAUGGCUAUUAGUUGACUAAAGGUGUUUUUUUUUUUUUACCAUGUUUGUCAAAGUGCACACCAAUGGAUUUUAUGUUGAAAACGGUUUAAUUUUGCAACAUCAUGAGCCAAGAGACAGUUGCAUUUUCAGCGCUUUUGUUUUGUCUAUUUGUUGACUUUCCAAAUGAUUUAAAAAAAACCAAUAAAAAAAACCCCACAUUUUCGCUUGAAGUGAAUUGAAUGUCUGUAUGACUGACAAAAAUGGUAUAUCUCACAGGUGGAAACAUCCUUGGUAACUAAACAGAGAAAGAAGUGAAAUGAACAAUGGGAAAUCAAUACUGGUGCUGUUAAGUUGUACAGCAUUAAAGCAAUGUUCCAGAUUUAAUGCAUGUUAUAAUUCUGUCUCCGAAUCAGUUUACAAUAACGCACUUACUAGGGAAGAUUCUGUGUGUGAGUGCAGAAGUUACAGGGUUUACCCGCUUUACAGGAGUUUGAAAACUUCACACAGAAGAGGUGAGUUCACUAUUAUAGACUAGUGCCAUGUAAGUCAUGUGGCUGUACUGUAAAUGCAUUUUGUUGUUUAUUCUGGUACCCCACAGAAGUGCAUUACUGUAAACAUGCUGCUGAAUGAGAAAGAUUAAAAGUAUUUUGUGUGAUGAUCGAAAACCUCUAUUGAACACGGAUGGAGCAUUUCUCCCAAAAAUACAAUUUGCUGAAAGUUUAUUCACCCUCUAGCCAUCUACGAUGCAGAUAGGUUGUUUCUUCAUCUGAGUAGAUUUAGAGAAAGUCAGCAUUCAGUGACUUGCUCAGCAAUGGAUGCUCUGCAGUGAAUGGGUGCCGUCAGAAU